AAAAAAAGUCCAAGAAUCAAAAGAUAAGAGAAAAUCUUUUUUUCCCCUCUCUCUUUUCUACUUCCACUCCAUUCUUCUUGUUGCGACUCUGCAUUCUGAAAAUUGUAGGAUCACUAAGUCAUAACCUUAUUCUCCUGAAAUCUUGUAACUAAUGGUAACGUCGGCUUCAUCAUCCCUCUGCAACUCGAAUUCACUCAUUCAUUCACCAAAACCAUGGCAUCCCAAUUCAUUUCCGCUUUCUCGCUCCCUCAGUUUACCACUAUUCAUCCUAAAAACUGGACCAAAGAAGAAAAAUUCAGUUGAAAAUGCUCGUAGGCUGAGAGUUUCGGCCUUAACAGAAGGUUCUUCUAAGAAUGAUGGAGAAGAUGAUGACCCUUCAGUUCCUUCCUGGGCUAAGCCCGGCUCAGAUGAGCCUCCUCCUUGGGCCCGUGAUGAGGCGCAGCAAGAUUCUUCUAGCUUUGAAGUUCCCUACUUUGUUUACUUGCUUGCCUCAGCUGUCACAGCCAUUGCUGCGAUUGGUUCUGUUUUUGAGUAUGCGAAUCAAAGGCCUGCAUUUGGAGUUUUGAACUCAGAUAAUGUAUUCUAUGCUCCAUUGCUUGGCUUUUUUGCUUUCACUGGCAUCCCCUCUUCGGUGAAUGGUAUGCUUACAGAUUUUGGAGAUGACAUGCAUUGUCAAUUUCUUGAAAUUCUUCGUAAUCUUUUGGAUUCGUAUACAUCAGGAUCACAGAGAGAGUCUAUCAUCGACAUCUUCUAUGAGAAGCACUUGGGUCAUUUGAUUGAUGUCAUAACAUCCUCAUGCCCACCUAAUAGCGCUGCUCAAGCUGUCAGUAAAUCUGGGAGAUCAGAUGAAGAAAGUGGAAAUCAAAUUAGUGUCAAGCCAGAAAUAUUAUUAAACAUUUGUGAUCUGCUAUGCUUUUGCGUUUUGCACCACCCGUAUAGAAUAAAGUGUAACUUUCUUCUCAAUAGUGUGAUUGAUAAAGUUUUGCUUCUGACACACCGAAGAGAAAAGUACCUCGUAGUAGCUGCUGUUAGAUUUAUUAGAACUCUUAUUUCACGCAAUGACGAAAAUCUGUUGUCUCAUAUUGUGAAGAAUAACCUGUUGAAACCAAUUGUUGAUGCUUUUGUUAGUAAUGGCAGUCGUUAUAAUCUGCUCAAUUCUGCCGUUCUGGAACUUUUUGAGUAUAUCAGAAAGGAGAACCUGAAGACAUUGUUGAAGUACUUAGUUGAUUCUUUCUGGGAACAGUUAGCCCAAUUUGAUAAUUUGCCAUCAAUACGUUCGCUGAAGGUUAAAUAUGAACAGGCGCUUGAAAGUGCUGGAUUGAGAAGUAACACUAAUGUGUUAGACCCCAGAAAACGAAUUGACGAUCGUGCUCUUGAGAAGGAAGAGGAAGAUUAUUUCAAUGACGACAGUGAUGAAGAAGAUUCAGCAUCAGCAUCUAUGCCAAGUAGAAAGAGAGCACAAUCCCAACCCAAUUUGCCUAAUGGUUCUGCUACAACCUAUCCUUCUACGAGAUCUGGUGGGCUAGUUGACUAUGAUGAUGAUGAAGAUGAUGAAGAUUACAAACCACCAUCAAGAAAACGGGCAGAUAAUUCUGGUGAAGAUGAUGAAGUAGAAUCAUUCCGGUUGAAACGCAAAUUGGCUACCAAGGAUGAGCCUGAACCUAAAAAGCUGCAGCGAUCACAUAAAAGCUCAAAGCCAAAUGAAGGUGUAUUUGCUGCCUUGUGCUCGACCCUAAGUCAGGCUGUAUUACCCGGUAAGAAAACAAUCAGCACUGCUCCUGAUAUUCUCCGAACAGAUGGAGGCAAGAAUCCAGUUGAAACAAAUCAUGAAGAAAAGGGGGGGCAUAAAGGCUCUUCUGACCAGGGGAAGAGCUCAGAUGUGGACAAUCUUGCUGACCAAGAAGAAGUUUCUCCUAGGUGCUUUACAGAUGGCUUGUGUGGUUCUCCGGAUAACGGACAACAUGGAGAUGAUGGUCCAUUGAUACCGAAGGCAUCACCAGAGAUGGCUGUAAAUGGAUCUUGAAAUACAUCUUUUUGCUUCCUUUUGUGCUCACUGCCUACAUGAUUGGUGGAAUUGGCGCCAAUGGUCUAUUGGCUUUGGGCGUUCGACUAACAGACAGGAACCGGCGAAAACCAUUCCAUCAACACUCAAGAGAGGAUAUUGUACAGUGCCAUUAUUUAGGUGUUAAGAAAUCAUCCUUCUUUCCUAGUGUUUUUUCCUUUACAUUUUAUUUGACUUAUUGGUUCUUUUGUAAACAUUUGUUAGCUAUAGUUUUCCCUUGUUUUUAUUAUUUUUGGAAGCACAUAAUUUUGACUUUUUAUGCUUUUUAAUUAUGUAGCACUUAUAGGGCAAUAAAAUUGCCCUGCACGGGUGUCCCCUAAUCUUGCAAGAUACGGUAGGUGUAGGUGCACUCGAGAGAGGAUGGGUUAAAGCUAAUUUUUCAGUUUCACAUCCGUGUAAUAUGUAGUUUGCCGAAGUUCCCCCCUUUUUUUCUUGGGGAGGAAAUAGUUUUGUAUGAACUUGUACAUUAUAAUCUUUACUUGCUGGAAAAUUGAAAUAUUAGCUCCAAAAA